GCGGUCCUUCGGACGCGCUGUCCUGGGGCUGUCCGUCACGCAUGGCUCCUGGAUUGCAGUUGUUGCACCCAGAAGGAAAGAGUUGAGAGAAGUCCUCGGUUCAAAUGUGUGGCUGCUCCUGCUGAAUGCGGAUCGGCACCAAUGUUGAAGGAAUGGAUCCCAAAGAAUCGCUAAACUCCUCAGAGAGAGAGGAAGCAGGGAAAAUUGUGCACUUCAGUGACAAAGGAGGGAUUGUGAUGGAUUUUCAUCCAACCUUUAGGGGUGGAGCUACCGUCAAGGCUUCUGCGUCUACAUCUCCCCUGCCUGCGUCUACAUCUCCCCUGCCUGCGUCUUCUCAGUCAGACUCCAAACAGCAACCUGUUUUGGGUGACUUUUCAAAAGGAUUAGCAAGUAAUGUGCCUCAGCCAGAUCUUUCCAAGGCAGUGUCGCUCUCAAUGGGACUGUACAUGGGUGAGACAGAUUCAAAAGUGAUGGGAAACGACAUCGGAUUUCCGCAGCAGGGCCAAAUCGGCAUCUCUUCUGGAGAAACAGACUUCAGGCUCCUGGAAGAAAGCAUUGCAAGCUUGAACAAGUCCUCUGGUCUGGCAGAGGGCGCUAAGGGGACAGUGUCUUCUGGGUUGUCACUCAAGCAGGACUUCCCAGUCAUGACUAACUGCAAUGUCCCUUUAGAGCCAGGAACAUUAAUGCAGGGCCAGAUUGGCUCUAGUGGUGGCAACAUGAAGUUGUUCUCUGAGGACCAAAGCACCCUGGAUAUUCUGCAAGAUUUAGAAUUGCCACCAAUCUCACCGGGUAAAGAGCCAAACGGAAGCCCAUGGAGACUCGACCCAUUACUAGAUGAAGGUGGCUUGCUUUCCUCUCUAGGUACAGAUGAGGCAUUUCUCCACGAAGGAAAUUCAGGUGAAGACUGCAAGCCCCUUAUCUUACCAGACACUAAGCCUAAAAUUAAUGAGCGUGGAGAUCUUUUGUCCAGUCCCCCAGUGCAGAUGCCUCAAGUGAAGACAGAGAAGGAAGACUUCAUUGAACUCUGUACCCCAGGCAUAAAGCAAGAGAAAACAGGCCCAGUUUAUUGUCAGGCGAAUUUUCCUGGGUCUAGUGUACUGGGUACUAAAGUGUCUGCCAUUUCUGUCCAUGGUGUCAGUACCUCUGGAGGACAGAUAUAUCACUAUGACCUAAAUACUGCAUCUCACUCUCAGCAGCAGGAUCAGAAACCAGUUUUUAAUGUCAUUCCAUCUCUUACUGCCGGUACAGAAAAUUGGAAUAGGUGCCAGGGAUCUGGGGAUGACCCUUUAUCUCCUAUGGGAAAUUUGAACUUUUCUGGCAGAUCUUCUUUCUCUAAUGGCUAUUCAAGCCCUGGUAUGAGAUCUGAUGUAAGCUCUUCUCCGUCCACCACCUCAGCAACUACAGGACCACCUCCCAAGCUGUGUCUUGUUUGCUCUGAUGAGGCUUCUGGGUGUCAUUAUGGUGUUCUAACUUGUGGCAGCUGCAAAGUGUUCUUCAAAAGAGCUGUAGAAGGACAACACAAUUACCUGUGUGCUGGAAGAAAUGAUUGUAUCAUUGACAAAAUCCGGAGAAAAAACUGUCCUGCAUGCCGCUACCGGAAAUGUCUGCAAGCUGGCAUGAAUUUAGAAGCUCGAAAAACAAAGAAGAAGAUAAAAGGAAUUCAGCAGUCCAACGUGGCAGCAGUUAGAGAUACUCCUGAAAAUCCUGGAAACAAGUCUAUAGUUCCUGCAUCACUGCCACAGCUAACCCCUACCCUGGUUUCCCUGCUGGAAGUCAUUGAACCAGAAGUUUUGUAUUCGGGCUAUGACAGUACGCUACCUGACUCAAGUUGGCGUAUAUUGUCAACUCUCAACAUGUUAGGAGGACGACAAGUGGUAGCUGCAGUAAAGUGGGCAAAGGCAAUACCAGGUUUCCGAAAUUUACAUCUGGAUGACCAAAUGACCCUUUUGCAGUACUCCUGGAUGUUCCUGAUGUCUUUUGCUUUAGGAUGGAGAUCAUACAAGCAGUCAAAUGGAAAUCUGCUGUGUUUUGCACCAGAUCUGAUUAUUAAUGAACAGAGAAUGAGCCUGCCGUGUAUGUAUGAACAGUGCAAAAAUAUGCUUAUGGUUGCUGGGGAGCUAUCACGGCUUCAAGUUUCAUAUGAAGAAUAUCUCUGCAUGAAAACCCUGCUGCUUCUUUCUACAAUUCCUAAGGAGGGCCUGAAAAGUCAAGCUUUGUUUGAAGAAAUUCGUAUGACAUACAUUAAAGAGCUGGGGAAAGCCAUAGUGAAGAGAGAAGGGAACUCGAGCCAGAACUGGCAGCGGUUUUAUCAGCUGACUAAGCUUUUGGAUUCCAUGCAUGAAGUGGUUGAAAAUCUUCUAAACUUUUGCUUCCAAACGUUUUUGGAUAAAUCCAUGAGUAUUGAAUUCCCGGAGAUGUUGGCCGAAAUCAUCAGCAAUCAGAUACCAAAAUAUUCAAAUGGAAAUAUCAAGAAACUCUUAUUUCAUCAAAAGUGACUGCCUUAACAAAAAAAGGGUUGCCUUAAGAAAAAGUCAAAUUAUAGCUUUUUUUUGUACAAACUAUCAGAUUUGUUAAUUUUGUCCUUGCAACGGUGUUUCUUUUGUAAUUAUGCACUACAUGUGGUUUACAGAGGGCCAAGAUUUAGGCUAUAGAAGCAGCAGAUUUCUCACAUUGAAUGCUUAAAAGAGUUGGGGGAGGGAGGGGAAAGGAAAUGAACUGCUAUUGUCAGGCAUUGUAUUACUCCUCCAGUGCAACAUUCGUGGAUGCAUCCAAGCCACCGGUGCCAAGUUCAGAGCCUGUGUUUUGAACAUUUUGCUAGGACUUUCUGCAGUUGGCGGGAUAACAUUUUCUAGAUUUUUUUUUUUUUCUGUAAAGUGUUUUGGGGUUUCUUUUCCCUGUAUUUCCCCCUUCCCUCCCCCUCUCUUCUUUUCCUUUUUUUUUAAAUUAAGGUAGCGUUUUGGUUUAUGCAUGUAACCUGAAGAAAGUUUACAAGUGUAUAUCAGAAAAGGGAAGUUGUGCCUUUUAUAGCUAUUACUGUCUGGUUUUAGCAAUUUCCUUUAACUUUAUAUACCGUGAAUUGGCUUGCUCAUUUUUUCUUACAUAAUUUUUUUGUAAUACUUCAAGAUGCCUAAUGUACAGCUGUUUUUUUAAGGUGGGGCAGCUCUUAGCUUUCCUAAAUGACCUCUAGACAUUAAUCCUUGAGUAUAUUCACACAAAAAUGGGUUGGCUUUUCUAACCUGAUUGCUUUCAACUGUCAAGAUGACCAUAAAAAUUUGGCAUUUUUUUAGGGUGGGAGGAUGGGGGGGAUAAGAACUGUCAAAUCUAACCUAGAUAGAUCUGAAUGAAACAUACUUUUGGUAUUUGCGACGAUGUGUUGGAUAUGCCGAUUCAUAGAAAAUUAGCUGAGGCCUAACUGGAUGUAAAUGAGCAGGUUAUUUUAUACAAAAGCAAACCUGAUUUUUUGCAUAUAACGCAACAGCCAUAACUAUAAGAGUCUGGGCUGCAUUGACGCCAAGAUCAGUCCUGACUGCCCAUCAGGAAACUUUCAGGAAAAUAUGCAUAGCUUAAAAAACAAGUUUACUUCUGUGUGGAGAAACUCACAUUUUCUAUACACUUAAAUUUCUCAUUAUACAAAUCUAUAUAGAAAAAAAGUAUUGACUUGAGAGACAGAUUUGCAAUUAUGCCCUAUAUUUUUUUUAUUGUAUUGGUUCUAGAAGUGUUUUCUUCAAUUAGAUGUUUAUCUUCAUGCAGGCAGUAAAACUGACCAACCGCACUAACAAAUUGUAACUCUCUGGAUAUGCAGACCCCAUACUUGUGCAGUUAGACACCUAUUGUCACAUGUUCAUCUGUCACUGAUCGGUUCAUCUUCUUUCCUGGAGAGCAGGAAGGUUCUGCUACUGAUUUUGUGGUUUAGAGUUGUAUGUCAAACUUGUCUUUGUAAGGCUACAUCCCUUCAUAUCAAAUACUAGUGUGCCAUAAAAUUACUAUAGGUCUUGUGAAUUUCUCCUUGUUGCCAUUGAUAAUUAUAUUUUAAACAAUUUAGAAGCUGUAGUAGCCUUUUCUACGUGCACCUUACAACUUUCUGUAAACAGAAAAAUAAAAUAUUUCCUAAGCCACUCUAAAAUUUGAUUUUUAUUCAAAGUGGCCAGAUUAUUUGUGUAAUAGAAAUGAAAUAAAUCCUCUAAAUGAUAAACUAUGAAACGUCUAAUAUAUUUUUAUAUUUAGUUAUAGUUUCAAAUAUGUAUAAUUGGUAUAUUCACUAAUCUGAGAAGGGAAGGGCUACUGCAGCUUUAAAAGCAAUUUAUGAAAUGAUUGUAAAAUAGCUUGUAUAGUGUAUAAUAAGAAUGAUUUUUAGAUGACAGAUUGCUUUAUCAUGACACAUGUAAUUAUAUUUUUUGUAGGGGUCACAGAUAUGCUGAAUGGUAACCCAUACAAGUUGUGGUUUGUCUGGAAGUAUUAGUCCUGGCAGUAGUGAUGUUAGGUAUCCAAAGACGUACUUGGUUUAAAAGGAAGAAGCUGAUACUUAGUGGGUUUUCCUAGGGCUGGAUUUUCUAUUCAUCAAAUCACCGUAGAAAAGCGCGGGUUGGAACAUGGGUGUUAUACUUCCACCUGCUAUUUUUGGUUACCCUUCACAUUCCAGUAGUAAAUUUGCAAACUUUGUGGAUUUACUUGACCUCUGCUGCAAAAAAUGUAAAGUAAAAAGGGGUGUUUAUGCCCGCAUGCAUGCACCACCGAAUAUCUGGGGUUAAUUUCAUAUACAGCCUCACGCAUCAUAGCAAAAACAGCUUAAAAUUGGCAAUAAUACGCAUACAGGUACCAGCAAUAUGUAAAUAUAGAGCAUAGGUUGUUCACGAUACACUAAUACAUUUCUAUAGCGCAACAAAAGUUUGUUUCCAAGUGAAAUAGGAAACUAAAUUUUCAUCCUUUCUUAAACCUCUUUUUGAAUAUUGUACCUAUUAAAAAAGAUAUUGUAUUCAGUACUUUUGGAGUAAAAUAUCACGUUUAAUAAAAAAGUAAUUCUGUUCUCUUUCAGUGAUCUAUAAAGAGUAUGUACAUUUUGUAACAGUUAAGCUAGACUUCAGCAAGUAUUUUGACUGCAGUUUUCAACCCAAUUGGAUGAAAAUAUUUAUGCUACCUGUUUGGAAUACAGUUAGGAAAAUCCUAGUGUUUGGUUUUAAAAAGGCUCUUUUAAAAAAAAAAAGAAAACGAGCUCUAAAAAUGUUAUUUCAGAGAAUGUUUUAAAAGUUAAACUGAGAAGCUCCAUGCAUUAAUCUUUCAUUUUUAUCCCCGAUACCUCAAUUUGAGCUCUCAAGAAAUCUGUGUGUAUGUGUGUGUGGACAAAGGUAUGUGCUGUUGUUUGCCAACCGAAAUGUACAUGAACAAAAUAGUCUGACCUUGGAAGAAUUGAGAACUUAGCAGGAAAGAGGCUUUCACUCUUUUGGUUGCUAUGUCUGUAUGUUCAUUCUUUGGUUAUGGGUCUAAGGAAAGAAGAAAACUGGGAUGUUGGGAGAGAGAUUCAUUCUGUUUGUGCUGUUAUAACGUUUUUGACUUGCUCCAUUUUAAAUGUAGAAGCGUAGCAAGCAGCGGGCAGUACAUGUUUAAUAUAGAAUUAGUCCUUUCAGCGCUGGGAAAAAUCUGCACUUUGGGUAAAGCAGGAAGAAUCCUGACUUCUGUCUCUUCAGUGCCUUAUCACAUAGUGCGGGGGACAUGUGGAUGUUUCUAGAGAUGCACGUGAAUGGUCCUGGAGACAUACUAUAUUUUGUUAUUGCACAUGAAAACUGAUAGGAAUGGCCUUACAUAAGAUAAGCCAGGGCUUGAAGAAGAUGCAGAGGGGAGGUACCAUCACCUUAUACAAUAUAGUUGUCACCCAAAGUACAACACAAAUCCACUUGGAAUCUAUUAAGAGUUUUGCAACUGGUAAGAGAGGGAGCACGUCUGAGGGUAAGUGCCAGCCUGGAAGUAGCCUCUUUAGUCUCUCAAAGGUUUUGAGAACAGGUGAGGAGGAGAUGCCUGAGCAAGUCCAUAAAAUCCUGCUUCCCUUCAUCACGCUUCAGUGAAAUCACGUGUGUGCAUGAGGGCUGCAGAACCAGGCCCUAGGAGAGAAAUUGUAAGAGGAUCGUAUGUAUAAUAUAUUACUUGAGCUUCAUCAUUUGUCCAGUCUGCAGCCAGGCGUUGGCAAGCCAACAUAGGAACCAAAUUUUCAGGAAGGAAUAAAGCCUCCUUAAAAAAAAAAAUCUUUAAAAAAAUGCAUAGAGGCUUCUAUUUUCUGAUGAAAGGCUGUGUGUAUGAAAAUAUCCCCCACCUCCAAACUAACUUGCUAACAGCAUAGAUUCAAGUGUGUCAUUAUUCUAUUUUGUAUAUUAAACAAAAGAUAUAUAAUGGGGACAAAUCCUAUAUCAUACUGGUGUAUGGCAUUAUUAAAAAAAGCUUUUUUCAUUAUUUUUUAUCACAGUAAUUUUAAACAGUGUAAAAUUAAAACCAGUGACUCCUGUUUAAAAAAUAAAAGUUGUAGUUUUUUAUUCAUGCCGAAUAAUUCUGUAGUAACAAUUCUGUAGUUUUCACCUACUCAGUGAAAUGUUGGACUGUAAAAUCUUGUGUGGAACUGUUGAACAUUUAUUUUUUCAUUUAAAUUUGCUGUGCUGGUGAUACAAAGCCACACAUCUGUACAGAAGUUGCAGUAAAUGUGAGCCAUUUACAGCAAUGCCGAAUAAUGGACAGAAAUCACAUAAUAAAAUUCUGCUUUUUUCAUUAAA